CUAUGCAGUGAUUAAAAGGAAGCUUGUAUUGAAUGAUGGAAAGAUUUGCUUGACUGUUCCUUGCUGCCUAACAGAGGGGUCUUGGUCUUGCUUCCACAGAUCCAUUUCUGUCUCAGCCACUCAGUGGCUUAAAAGCAAUCACUAAAGCCUUGAGUAUCAACUUAACGCCUGGGCGAAAUGGGUUCAGCAACUGGGGUCCAUGCAGAGACAUAGGUCGUUGUAUUGCACUGUAUGUCUCUGUGUUGUAACAGCUUGAGGACUGGGCUGGUCCCCUUCACUGUUGUAUCCCCAGUACUUAGAAAAAGCCUGGUCCACACAGAGAGGUAAAAGAAAUGUUUGCUGAGUGAAUGAAUAUGUAGGAGGAAAGAAGCACAGGGCUCUUAAUCCCCCUCCAAAGUUAAGGUCUCCAUCUGAGGAUAAGCUUGGCACCCGGCACGCACAUUCCUCAUGCAACCUGAAUCAAAUCUCUCCAGAGACAAGGAGGCACUAAACGGUGCCCUAACUUACUGCAGUGAAAGGCAAGCCUAGGCUCCAGAUCCAGUUCCAUGCCAUGUUUUGGAAUCUGUGUUUACGUCUGCCUUCAUCCCCAUCCUUUCCGCUCUAGCAUAAGCAAAAUUAUAACCCCGCACACUGACUUUGCAUGCAAUUAUCAGAGCCUGGGUGCUCCUCCCGUGGAGGGACUUCGCCCCCGAGACCGCUGACUGUGAAUGAUAAAUCAAAAGUCAGGGUUGCAGAAUCAGCCGGACAUUCCUGCUCCUUUGCAGCAGAGGGAGGAAGGAGAGAAUGAAAGAUUCUGAAAAUAAAGGUGCCUCAUCUCCAGACAUGGAGCCCAGCUACGGGGGAGGUCUCUUUGACAUGGUGAAAGGAGGUGCGGGGAGGCUCUUUAGUAACCUGAAGGACAACUUGAAAGACACCCUCAAAGACACAUCUUCCAGAGUUAUACAAUCUGUUACCAGCUACACAAAAGGAGAUUUAGACUUCACUUAUGUUACCUCCAGAAUUAUCGUGAUGUCCUUUCCUCUGGACAAUGUUGACAUCGGAUUCAGGAAUCAGGUUGAUGACAUUCGAAGCUUCUUGGAUUCCAGACACCUUGACCACUACACGGUGUACAAUCUGUCACCCAAGUCUUACCGAACUGCCAAGUUUCACAGCAGGGUCUCCGAGUGCAGCUGGCCCAUCAGGCAGGCCCCCAGUCUGCACAACCUCUUCGCUGUGUGUCGGAAUAUGUAUAACUGGCUACUGCAGAAUCCCAAAAACGUCUGUGUUGUCCACUGCUUGGACGGACGGGCAGCAUCGUCAAUUCUGGUUGGUGCUAUGUUCAUUUUCUGUAAUCUCUACUCGACUCCUGGCCCAGCUGUUCGAUUGCUGUAUGCGAAGCGACCAGGAAUCGGACUUUCACCAUCUCACAGGAGGUACCUGGGCUACAUGUGUGACCUCCUCGCGGACAAACCCUACCGCCCUCACUUCAAGCCUCUCACGAUUAAGUCCAUCACUGUCAGUCCAGUUCCCUUUUUCAACAAGCAGAGAAAUGGAUGUCGCCCUUACUGUGAUGUACUGAUUGGAGAAACCAAAAUAUAUACAACCUGUGCAGAUUUUGAACGAAUGAAAGAAUACCGUGUGCAAGAUGGGAAAAUCUUCAUUCCCUUGAGCAUCACCGUGCAAGGAGAUGUGGUUGUUUCCAUGUAUCACUUAAGAUCAACCAUUGGAAGCCGGCUACAGGCGAAGGUGACCAACACGCAGAUAUUCCAGCUUCAGUUUCAUACAGGAUUCAUUCCACUGGACACAACUGUUUUAAAGUUCACCAAACCUGAGUUGGAUGCAUGUGAUGUACCAGAAAAGUACCCUCAGCUAUUUCAGGUGACUCUGGAUGUAGAACUACAGCCCCACGACAAAGUGAUAGACUUAACCCCACCGUGGGAACAUUACUGCACAAAAGACGUCAACCCCAGCAUCCUCUUCUCUUCUCACCAGGAGCAUCAAGAUACUCUAGUCUUAGGAGGACAGGCUCCGAUAGACAUCCCUCCAGACAACCCCAGGCAUUUUGGGCAAGGUGGCUUCUUUUCCACUCUCUGUUGGCAAGAUCAGAAAUCGGAGAAAUCAUUCUGUGAGGAGGACCACGCUGCCCUAGUGAAUCAGGAAAGCGAGCAGUCGGACGAUGAACUUCUGACCCUUUCCAGUCCACACGGCAAUGCCAGUGGUGACAAGCCUCACGGCGCCAGGAAGCCCAGCAAGAAGCAGCAGGAGCCGGCUGCCCCUCCGCCCCCCGAGGAUGUGGACCUUCUGGGUCUAGAGGGGUCUGCAGUGAGUAAGAACUUCUCUUCGCCAGCGGCUCCUCCCACCAAUUCUGAACUUCUGAGCGACCUGUUUGGGGGUGGAGGUGCCGCCGGCCCUGCCCAGGCUGGACAGUCGGGGGUGGAAGACGUAUUUCAUCCGAGUGGACCUACCUCCACCCAGUCAACGCCACGCCGGUCUGCCACCUCCACCUCCGCGUCUCCAACGCUAAGAGGAGGAGAAGGUGCCACCUUUGACCCUUUCGGAGCACCUGCUAAACCAGCAGGUCAAGAUUUGCUGGGUUCUUUUCUGAACACAGCUAGUGCUUCCAGUGACCCCUUCCUUCAGCCUACGAGAAGUCCUUCACCCACAGUGCACGCCUCCAGUACACCUGCUGUGAACAUUCAGCCGGAUGUUUCGGGAGGGUGGGACUGGCACACUAAACCAGGCAGUUUUGGGAUGGGGAGCAAGUCAGCUGCCACCAGCCCAACAGGCUCGUCACACGGCACUCCCACCCAUCAAAGCAAACCCCAGACGCUGGAUCCUUUUGCCGACCUUGGGACAUUAGGUGGUUCUUCAUUUGCCAGCAAACCCUCCACACCAACUGGAUUGGGUGGAGGAUUUCCACCUCUCAGCUCGCCUCAGAAAGCAUCUCCCCAGCCUAUGGGUGGAGGGUGGCAGCAGGGAGGUGGCUACAGCUGGCAGCAGACGCAGUCUAAGCCCCAGCCCGGCAUGCCCCACUCCUCUCCCCAGAACCGGCCCAACUACAACGUGAGCUUCUCAUCCAUGCCUGGGGGCCAGAACGAACGUGGCAAAGGAGCAACUAAUUUGGAAGGGAAACAAAAAGCAGCUGACUUUGAAGACCUGCUCUCUGGUCAAGGUUUUAACGCUCACAAAGACAAAAAGGGGCCUCGAACAAUAGCUGAGAUGAGAAAGGAGGAAAUGGCUAAGGAAAUGGAUCCCGAGAAAUUAAAGAUUCUGGAAUGGAUUGAAGGCAAAGAGAGAAAUAUCCGAGCACUUCUGUCCACGAUGCACACCGUGCUGUGGGCUGGGGAGACUAAGUGGAAACCAGUGGGCAUGGCAGACCUGGUCACGCCGGAGCAGGUGAAGAAGGUGUACAGGAGGGCCGUGCUGGUGGUGCACCCGGAUAAAGCUACCGGGCAGCCCUAUGAACAAUACGCAAAGAUGAUUUUCAUGGAGCUCAAUGACGCCUGGUCUGAAUUUGAAAAUCAAGGCCAAAAGCCCUUGUAUUAACUUACGAGCAUUUCCAUUUCUGCUACAGACCUGUGUUAAUGCUUAGUGUGUGUCACAGUUCUGAGGUUUUCACAGGUGAACCCAAAACUCCAGUAACGUGUAUCCAGUACUAAACUGUUAAGUAACUCGUGAAUUAAUUCCUCAUUGAUAAGGAAUGUGGAUGUUUAUUUUCUCAAGUCCCCACCGUAAAAGGUCCAAAGCAGGAGAGGAACUUUUAGUCAGAUGACCUUGCAGAGUUUUACAACAUUCCAGCCUGCCCUUUGGGGAGCCUACUUAGCAUUUUGUUGGGAAAUGGAAAACAGAGGCCACCAAAGGCAUAACACCCAUCUCAUUGUCUGCGGAUAGGAUUAACGAGCAAAAGUUAUGGUAGGAUUACACAAUGGAUUUUAGCGAAUGGUUUUUAGAUUUUCUUGGAAAGAUGUAAUUUGAGCAAUGGCUUUACAUAGACUCCAGGAACACAACCACCAAGUAUUUUUUUUUUUUAGUGGAAAUUUACUAUGGUCUGUAGCAUAAUACUGUUCACUUCUUUUGGUCAAGAGGACUAACCAAUGUAAAAGAACCUGGAUUGUGGAAAGUAAUUAGACUACAAUCCAGUGAUUACUACCAACGCUUCCUGGAUGAGCUAAAAUUUAGUGAAAAUGCUGACUAAAGAAAACAGGGACUCUGAGGAUGUAGAAAUCUGUAUUCCUGGUCAGAAAGUUGGGCUGCUACCUUCUUUUCCUUUUAAAAAAACUGUGGUUGCCUGAAGAAAAAGUCUUAAUACCAUAACAACCCUAAACCUGAUUUAAAAGAAACUUCUAAUUUUGCCAUAAGGCUUAAUGCUCUUCUUUUUGCUUAGCAGAGAAAAUGCUCUUAGCUGGGAGCAGGUUGGAAGGCAGUUUGGCACAUUCACAGUUGAUCAGGAAGGAUGUUUAGUAUGGACUCCCAGUCCUCCGGGUUUGCAAAGGGCUGUGGGAAGAGAAGACCGCACUGACUGCUGGUAACCAGACAGGUGCAGCUGCAGCCACAGCGCCACGCUCACUUCAGACAGAGUCAGAUGGCUUGGCAGGAUUUGCUUUUUUGAGGUUCGUCUUCCCACCUGAUGAAAUUGGACCCCUUGGAUUACUGCAGUGGAGUUUAUUGUUUUAAAAGUUGUUGGGGGUCCACACAGGCAUAUCUGUGAAAGCAACGCAAGAAUGAAACCUUCGCAGACUUCAGACUGGUUGGAUUUCGGUUCAUUUUUGGCUGUUUCUCAUUUGGAGGGGUAAGCAGUUGCUGUCCUGCGACUUUAGUAAAGCUCUCCUGGUGUGCACGUCCACAGUGCGCAGAGUAGAUAUAUGCAAAGCAGAUGGCAAAACGAUUUUCAUGCUAAUCUUAAAAGGUUCAUGCUCAAUAUCCUGAAAAGCUUUCAAAAGUUGUUUUUAAAAGACAAUCAUGUUUUUGGUUUCUAUUUUUAUUUUCUCGUGACAAACUGUACCGGAAAAGCAGCAUGUCAAAAAUACUUUAUGUUCUAUAUUCGUUCUCUUUCUUUCUCUUUUUCCCUCCUUUUCUUUCUUGUUCUCUUUUUCUUUUUGUUACAAAGCUUCAUUAUUUAUUUUACCUUUUGCUGACAAUGUGAAACUCGCAGAAAAUGUUCUUUUUAAAUAUACAGCUGUAAACUGUUCAGAGUAACCAUAACAAACUAGAUGUUAUUUAUUAACAUAUUAUAAAAUAAUGUUUGAUGCCGUAUGUGCUUGUCUUAUUUAAAAUUGGAAUGUGAGACAUGUUGCUGUGAUUUUUUUUCUCAUUCACAUUUGUAGAUACUGCGUGAACUACAGUAUAUAAUGAUAAUAAUUAAAAGGAUAUUAUGUGAAUGUCACGUACAUUUUGAGAUGAUAGAACUGUAUUAGCUUUGUACCAUGUUUGCAUAAUUCAUCAAUGCUCAGAAUUUAAAAGAUCAUUAAACAUUACGUAAUUAGCAAUGAGAAAGAAUCUUACCUAACUUACAUUUGGGAUGUCCCUUAUCUCUUUUCCAGAUACAUUAUAAUUCUGGACCCGUAUUUAUCAAAACUCUUAACAUACGCUGACCAGCAGGUUUUUGCAUCCCUUCUAAACAUCUGGUUGUGACAGAGCUCGCUGUUGAUCAGAUUCACUGUUUCAUUCAUAUUUAUUGUAAUAUACUUUUUGUUUUGUAAAUAUGUUACACUCAACAAAAUGUGAUUGGUCUAAAAUAUUUGUAAUGUAUAUUAAAAGGCUCAAAAAUA